AUUCAAUAUUUAUUAGGUGAAUCUAAAAAAUUGCAUAGCAAAGUAUUUUGUCCUUUUUUAGGAGUAGAUUGUUAUGAAACUAUAAAAACUUGUAGAAGAAUUUGUGAAAUAGCUAAUAUGGAUAUAGUAAAAACUCCAUAUUAUAAUGUUAAUCCUAAUACAGAUUUAAUUCUUUAUAAAAAUAAUAAUUUGAAUGAAGAAAAUCAAAUUAAAAUUAAUACAAUUGGAGAAUAUCUUGCAACAAUUAAAGCAAAUUGUCCUUAUAAUAAUUAUACAUGCCAAGAAAAACUAUUUAUUCAAUAUUAUAAUAUCUUAAGAGAUGAAAAUCAAAAUGAAAAUACUUUUAAUAAUGAAUAUAAUAUUUAA